GGCGGGCUGCCUGAGGCGACGUUCGAGGCGCCUCCAGUCCCUCCGGAGAAGCCCGAAGGACGGAGCGAUGCUGCCCGCCGCUUGAGAGAGACCGAGGCACAGAGAGUCAGUCGAAGCCACCUCGGGUUUCCCCUCCGUUUUUGGGCCUCAUGGAGGGCUCCUCCUCGCCGCCGCCGGCCUAUUCGGAGCUGAAGCGGGGCCCCGGGACCGAGCUCCAACUCGACGGCGCUGGAGGGGGCGGAGGGGGCGGCGGGCCGGGCCCCGAGGAAGAGGAGGACGACGAAGCAGCGGCCGCGGCCCGGGCCCCCAAGAGCUACCUGUGGCUCAGCAUCUUCUCCUGCUUCUGCCCCGCUUACCCCAUCAACAUCGUGGCCUUCGUCUUCUCCGUCAUGGCCUUAAACAGUUAUACCCAAGGAGACAUAGAAGGGUCAAAACGACUGGGUCACAUUGCACUGUUGGUUGCCAUUGCAUCAAUUUUAAUUGGCCUUGUGAUGAUUGGAAUCAUUUGCAUAGUCCAUUUCACUACAUACGCCAUCUGAAAGCCAAGAUUUGGACCCUAAAGAGUUACCGUCUUCAAACCUGUGGGAAAGACAUGAGGAACCUCUCCUGCAAAGAUCUAGAAAUACGGAUCCAGGUGGUUUGAUUGGAAUCCAAUGAGUUUUGCUCAAAGCACCUUGCUGGUGAACAAACUGUUAGCUAGCGCUGGUUGCAGUGCUCUGCUGCAAGGUGAGCACUUCCCCCACCCCGUUAUGUCUCUGAAAAUGCCACUAUAGAGCAAUGCAUCCUCUCCUCCCCACCCUCCAAUACCAUGACUGCAUUUUAAUGUAAAUUAGAGGUGUCACCUCUGUCUGAAGCACUACCCUGUCUUGUUGGCAUGCGCACGCAUUCUGGUGUCUCCCAGGCUGGAGCUAUUGGCCUGGCUGGACUUUCCUGAUCGGCAAUGGAUGCUGAGCCAGAACCUGUGGGACCCUUUGGGUGGCCAGCCUGCCGUUGGCUGCAAUGGGGCAGUGGCCUCGGGUGACAAAGGCUAGGAGGCGGCAGCAAAGUGUUGGAAGAGAGCGACAUGUACCACGAGACCUGCUGUGCCUUCUCUUAGCUAGCCUGCCCAUUUGAGGGGUGGGGAAGGAUGGUGUCUUCUCGUCAAGGUACAUGGACUGGGAGAGAGCACCAUCUUCUUUGCACCCCAGGCUCCUCUCUGGAUGCACCUAAAGAGUGCCACCAUGGAACAUACAUGUGGACAUCUUUCACUUUCUGCCUCUGUUUUUUAGACCGUGCCUCUGCUUAUGUAUUUGUGCUCCUCCUGUUGUGCAUUGUUUCAGUGACUCUGUUAUCCAGUGGAUGGUGGCUCGUGUAGAGAACCAGGACUGGGUUAAGAGUGGUGAAGGUGGCAACCGUGGGCAGGGUGGCCAACCGACCAGGGAGAUGACAUGCACUCUGGUCUGCUUUUGUGCCUUUAAGGAGACUUUGGUUGGUAGACGUCAGCCAAAGGGGGAGCUUUUUACAGCUUGGAAAUAAAACAUGUUCACAGUCAAAUACUGUGCUGGAACCUGUAGCCCUGCAGAUAUUAUUGGACUGCAGCUCCCAGCAUCCCUCACCAUUGGUUGUCCUGACUGAGAGUUAUAAUCAAACAAUAUGCAAAGCCCCUACCUCUGUGCCUAUAGCUCUCUCCAAAGUGUUUUUAAGGACACGAUUCAGUGUCCAUAUAGAAAACUGACAAGCUUAGGGACAGCUGAAAAUUGAGAAUCUGAAGUUAAUUAGACUUGAUGUUGCUGACGUGAUGAAGGACAUAUUUAAAUCUUCCCCUUUCCUUGUGUCAUCCUGGAUGGAACUUGUGUGGAAACUGGAAAAGAUUCACCCCUUGAGCUACACUUUUAGCCAUGAUCCCAUGGUCACAAUAAAAUCAUGAAGGAACCUGGGAGGUAGUAACAACAGCCACCUGUGUCUGCUUGUGGUUUUUAAAACAAUGAAAUCAUGUUUGAAAAGGAAAAACGACACACACAAUAAACUUUGUAUCUUUCAUUGUUCAAGUAA